UUCGCUCUACCCUAGUAUACCUCUCUCUCUCUCUCUCUUUCUUCUUCCCCUAACCCCUCUUCGCUCAACACCUAAACCCCUCUCUCUCUCUCUCUCUCUCGAACAACCAACAUGCAAGUCGCCUCCAGCGCUCGCCGGAUCACCAGGUUUCUUCAAACGCCGUCGAUUCUACUCUAUUCGGAGCACCGACUCCAAACGCCUCUUGCCGGAGCCCCUCACUCUUCUCUCCAACAACACCGCAAUCACCGCGCCCUUUCGUUCUCAGGGCUUGGUCAUGACUUCUGUGGAUCAUCAGCCCAGGCAGAGAUAUUGCCAAGUUGGACCGGGUUGAUGAUGAUGACAAUGGUGCCAAAGGUACUAUUCUCCACAGGGGCAGGUGCGACUGAAGACAAUCAGACAGAGGCUGUGAAGGAAUUGUAUGACAAAAUUCUUAAAUCUGUAGUGGAGAAAAGGACAAUGCCUCCAAAUGCUUGGUUGUGGUCACUCAUUGGAAAUUGUGCCACCCACAACGAUAUUAAGCUUCUGUUUGACAUUUUACAACGCCUUCGAGUUUUUAGACUUUCAAAUCUUCGCAUUCAUGAAAAUUUUAAUUGCAAUCUUUGCAGAGAAAUUACUAAGGCAUGUACUCAAGUAGGGGCCAUUGACUAUGGUAAGAAGGCACUGUGGAAGCAUAAUGUGUAUGGGUUAUCUCCUAGUAUUGGAUCAGCUCACCAUUUGCUGUUGUAUGCUAAACAGCAUAAGGAUGCUAAACUAAUGGUAGAGAUAAUGAAACUUCUGAAGAGGAAUGAUUUACCGAUGCAACCCGGCACAGCGGACAUUGUCUUUAGCAUUUGUUACGACACUGAUCGUUGGGAUUUGAUGUCCAAGUAUGCAAGAAGGUUCGUGAAGGCUGGAGUGAAACUGCGACAAACUUCCUUUGACGUAUGGAUGGAAUUUGCUGCAAAACAAGGAGAUGUUGACUCUCUGUGGAAAAUUGAAAAGUUAAGGUCAGAAUCUAUGAAGCAGCACACUCUUGUGACCGGGUUUUCAUGUGCCAAGGGUUUUCUGCUUGAACGCAAGCCUGAGAAUGCUGCUGCAGUUAUUCAAAUCCUCAAUCAGACUGUGUCUGAAUCAAAGAAGCCUGGUAUCAUGGUUGAGCUUCAAAAGCUGGUGAGGGAGUGGCCUUUGGAGGUUAUAAAGCGUCACAAAGAGGAAGACAGGAAGGAAUUGGCUGCUGCUUUACAAAACGACAUUCCUGCCAUGGUUAGCGGCCUACAAAACAUGGGUUUAAAGGUGUCUGUGAACAUGGAAGAUCUAACCAAGAAAGGUGCUCUCAGUUAAGUUAUGCAGCCAAGAAAGUUAAGUUGUGUUCAAUCUUUGCAUCACAAAAAAGUGAAAGAAAUGCGAUUCAGUUGUUGCUUUCACCGGGAUCACGCUGACAGAAUGUGCUGCUUCCGUGAGGAACCACAUCCCCGAAGGCUUGAUUAUGCUUUCUUUAUUUCAGAUGGAUUUUGUAGAUUCUCUUUGUUCAAUACUUCAAAUCAAUGCCCUUUUAUACAUGCUGCAAGUAUUUACGUGGGUUUUUCCUGGAGGGGCACGAUCAUCCAAUGCUCGUGCAAUCUUCUUGUUUUACAUACAGUAAUUGGCGAAAUUUAUUCUGGCCCCUCAUAUCCCCUAUACCCAAUUUUGUCUGUACCGGUAUUUCAAGUUGAAGCUCAUAUCUUGUUUCUGUUCUUCACAGAUUGUGGUUUUACAAUUCUAAUUGACCUUGUCAA